CUGUACCUUUUUUUUUUUUUUUAUUCCAUAAACAUUGAGUUCUGACCUCUAAGUAAACUUGCUAUCAGGACAUUUCCUCACAUUUUCAAAAACAACUGCAGGACUUUUUCUGUUCUCGGUUCACCUUCAAAAUAAGAGCACACCAAUCUGUUACUGAAAAUGUACUUGCAGUGUAAAGCACAGAAGACAUUUCCAAGUAUUUGGGAAUUGUUAUAUUGAAUGUGGAAAAAUAGAGCGACAAAAGAAGCUGUACACUUCUCUAUUCUAUUGUUAGUUAUUGAUCCAGUGCACCUGAAAGGGAAGAUAGAUGGUCUUUUGCACACAACGUGAAAGGACUUUAAUGAAAAGGUACAAUUAUUUGUGUGAUACUUUAUACACUCAACCUCAAGAAGGUGCUUCAGGUAUUCCUAAAAGAAUAAUCUAUCAUUAUCUACGAGUCCAGGCAUGUAGUUGUUGGAGCAAUAAACAAGGAGUUUUAGUAUUAGGUAUGCAAAACAAAACACUAGAGCAUGUUUCUACAGGUCAUUUGGGACAAGUGCGCCAAAAGCCCCACCUGCUGGCAGCAGAAGUGUGCUUUUAGUGGUAGGCUACUGGGUAAUUUAGAAAUGACUAAUUCUGAAUUAAUACAUGACAUAAAACAUCCUCAGUUUGCUGCUGUUAUUUAUCAUUAUUCUGCAAUUCAAGUUCAUUGGCUAGUUGUAAAAUGGUGUUUUAUUUGCACUUGACUUGGGAGGUCGCUAUGUGGGGAUAGCGCCAGCUCGCAACGUCAAGUGCCCCAACUAAGUGUGGGAAAACUACAGUGCGCAUGCCCAAAGCCUUCAGUGAAAGCCGAUGGCACAGAUGUGAUGCCAUCAGACUGGAGCUGUUGUCCCGCUGCAAUGUGAUUGGCUGUUUUCCAGUUACUCUCUUAAUUGUCAGAAUUCAUCCUGAGCGGGUUGCAGCUGCGGUCAACACGAUAUGGAUUCAAAAGCACAAUAUGAAAGUCUUCCUUUUGGAAAAAAACAACAACCUUGAAAUUAAACGCCUAGGUUUACCAGCCGCAAAAUAUUGUUUAAACCCAAACUGCUGAUAUAAAUAAUCAGUAUGUGUGUGUGGUACUCCAGGGAAAACAUGGCUAGCUGCUAACGUUAGCUUGUCAGAGAAGACAAGAUCUGGAUUUUUUGCUUCCGGUGUGUGUUAUUCGGAACGAGCUUUCAGGACCACGAGCAUCUUUCUGAGAGGAUUACAAAACAUGAAAGCAGAAAAACUACGCGGUCAAAUAGGCUAGCUCGGGAGAGCAAACAUGGCUACCCAGCAAGAGGAGAACAGAAAGCUGACUCCAGUAUGACAACCAAAGCAUCCAAUCUGGGUCCGGCACCUGUUAAACUCCCAAAUCUCUGGUGAAUAUCUCGGGGCAGCCCUGCACACGUGGAACAAGCGCUCAAAUGAACGGAACACAGAUGUGGAUUAAAACGCAUAAAUGGGACACUCCAGAGAAGCAACCACUGAGAAAAGUGCUCGGAGCAAGUGACUGUGAUGGGCUGUCGGACUGCAUCUGAAGUACUCUGCCAAAGAAUAAUAUCCACUCCUGACCUACUCUGAAGAACAAUAUUUGAUUCAAUCAAUGUUGCAGUCUUCCCCCGGAGGGAAUUACUCCUGAGUAAUAGGUGGACCCUCAGAAAAGAGCAACAGUGGACCAUGUGAUACUUGACCUUCAAGGAGAGAACUCCAGUACACUCCAGAAGAUGUCAAAUCUGAUCUGAGGCUGCUCUCGAGAGGAUCACACAGCCCAUAAUUCACUCAUCUGUUCAUGUGUUGUUCAGCAAUACUCCAACACCAUGGGCCAGCAGUGACAGAGAGAACUUAUCAAUGCCGGAUCUUCAUUUAUUGAGGAGUACCAGACAUCUCAUCAUGAAUUUGAAUGAGAUUUUCCUCAUCAAAGAGCGACUGUAAAAAAAUAAAGACUGGAGUGGGGGGAAAUCGGACUCUGGGAGUUGGGAGGAUUAGCUAGUGUACUGCUAACCCAUGGUGGAUCUGCUGUGAGCGGGACGAGGGACUCAGCAGUGGAGGAUGUCAGCGGAGGCCGAGCUCCAGCCGGGUGUCAAAACCAGCCAGCGAAGGGAGUCCAGGAGGAUCAAAGGUCAGGACCGCAGUGAGGCGGGGCUUAUUAAGCGUUUCCGUGGAGAUGGCGUGCGCUACAAGGCCAAGCUGAUAGGGAUUGAUGAGGUGACAUCGGCGCGCGGGGACAAGCUGUGCCAGGACUCCAUGAUGAAGCUGAAGGGAAUGGCUUCCUCGGCACGUUCCAAAGGGGAGCACAAGCAGAGAGUGUUCUUGACGGUCUCUUUCGGCGGGAUCAAGAUUUACUGUGAAAGAUCAGGGGUUCUCAUGCAUCACCACUCAGUCCACGAGAUCAGCUACAUCGCCAAGGACACCAGGGACCACCGGGCCUUUGGCUACGUCUGCGGGAAGGAGGGCCACCAUAAGUUUGUGGCCAUCAAGACGUCACAGUCGGCGGAGCCUCUCAUCAUCGACCUACGCGACCUCUUCACGCUCAUCUACGACAUUAAACAGCGGGAGGAGAUUGAGAAGAAGGCCCAGAAGGACAAACAGUGUGAGCAGGCAGUCUACCAGACCAUCCUGGAGGACGAAGUGGACGACCCAGUUUACCAGUACAUAGUGUUUGAGGCUGGACACGAACCCCUCCGUGGCCCCCAGUCAGAGGAGAGCGUUUAUCAGGUCCCAACCAGUCAGCAGAAGGAUGGGAUCUAUGAUGUCCCAAAACGCCAUUUCAUGACUAACAUCAACCACUUUGAUCUUUUUGGCGACAUGUCCACUCCUCCCUCGAUGCCCCCAUCACCUGCCAACACACUGGACCCGAGCAGGAGCAGCCGCCAGCAGCAGCAACACGCUGCUGAGUUGUACGCCCCCUUCAGCCCCACCUCCAUGCCGUCAGGUUAUAUGACCAUGGGUCCGGUGCAGGCGGCCCAGUGGGCGCAACAGCCAUAUUCUGGCCAGGCCCAGACUCUGGCCUUCCCAGUGCAGGGGCCCCUCCAGGUGGCUCAGGUCCUCCCCGGUGGUCAGCCAGUCAUCUGGAGCCAGGCCAACAUUUUCCCGGCCACUCAGCAGCAAUGGGCAGCCAUGGCAGCCUACAUGCCAGCCCAGACCGUGGGCGUGGGGGGGCACGCCAUACCAGCUGCCAUGCUCCAAGGCCUGGUACCCAUUACCACCAUGUGCCCGCAAGCCUGCGAUUUAUCAGCCCCCUCCUCUGCCAUCACCAGCCCCCAGCACACGGUCGACCCCGCCAUGCUUCAGAGGCAGCUGAGCCUGGGGAGAGAAGGCCUCGGCAUGGACUCGGAUGCAGGCGAGGGCCCCUCUACAUCAGGUGUGGGACCUGGCGUCGCGUCCGCAGCAGUGAGCAGGUGUGGGACCCCAGGCCUCAUGAGUGUACCGGACACACUGGUCUGCAGUGUGCUGUUGCCCCCUUCAGCUGCCGCCACCCAGGAGGAGGAAGGGAGCUGUAGUGACCUUGAUCUCUCUCGGAUGACCUUGAGCCCAGGUACAUCCUCAUCACCGUCUACUGAAUCUCCAUCCACUCCAGCCCCUCAGCAGAGCUCGUCUUCAGACUGCCCCGCAUCACAGGCCAGUGACCCCCCCACAGAUCACUCUCCUAUAGACCCAGAGGGCAACAGCAGCAACGCCAAGGAGGAACAAUCAGGCUCCGUUAUUGCAAGGUCGAUCUCUCCGGUGCCCACUGAAGCUCCUGAUCCUCCGCAGGAUCAGACCUGUCCAUAGGAAGACGGCUAGAGAACAACAGACACUGAGGGAUGGAAGCUCUCAAGGCCAAGACAGAAGCUCAAGAGAAAGAGAAGAAGAGAGGGUAUGAGUGACUGUGAGCGGCAGCAUCUCUCACAGCUGGAUUACACUGUUUGUUCAACCUUUAAAGGAUAUUUUUGGCGGUUCUGUAAUAAGCUGGCGAUCCUUGGAUGUGCUUUCCUCCAGAGGCCACAUACUGUUCUGUACUCCUCAGCAUGACAACCAGACUUUGGCUUUAUCGUCCAAUCAAAUAACCUUUCAACCAGGAAGUGACCUUUGAUCUAUGAGCGAAACAUACAGCAGGAGGCGAUUGCACCUUCCUGUCACGGAUUAAUGAGUUUAUACCUGUGAGGAUGCGUUUAAACGGCCAUGGUGACACUGAUGAUGCAAAUUAUUUUUUGAGGAACCUUUCUAGAGGGGCAGCAUCCUACUGUAUGUGGUCGACCUUGGGUUUGUCAGCCGCCACCAGCAAAGACUGUAACACAGCAGAUGGAUUUGCCAAAUGUUCUCAUAGUGUUGCUCCACCGAUUCGUCCAUUUGCAUGAACAGACUUGAUGUGGAUUCAGCGGACUCAGCUGUGAGCAAAACUGUUCUCUGCAGCUUCCCUCCAGACCUGAAACGUAUAACAAAAAAAAUCUUUUUCUUAUUUUAUAAGCUGUGAAUUCUUAGUUGAUGACGCCGGUGUCACCAGAGGUAUCGGAAUGACUUGGAGGUAUCAAUGUCGAAAUCAAAAUUUGCCAAACUAUCUAUUUUGUAAAUAAGAAUCUCCCCAUACCUGAGCCUCUGUGCCAUAAGAUAGCCUCUUUGAUGCCAACUACCUGUGUUUCUCUCAAGCAAUGCCCUACCAGCACCUCCAUUUUUUUUUACGUCUGGAUGUUUGUUUCGCUUUUGCAGCCAUUCUCUUUUGUUUUUAAGUUCUGAAAUAUGUCUCGGUUGGAUCUGUUCGGUCGGUGAGAUAUGAACUGUGAAUCUGUGUUACAUGGUCAUUCAAAGAUAAAGUCUGCUGUACCUGUCUGGGAAGAAAUGAAGGGGUCAACAAACAAAUCCUGCUAAAGGUUACAGGUUGUUUUUUUAGUAAAUAGGAGGCAGAUUUUCCUGCGUCUCUUUGUUUUCUAGAUCUUCUACAUUUCCAGCUGAGGUCGCAUUGUUUACAAUUUGCCUCUUUGAGUCAUAUCUCUGUUUGGUUUCUUGAAUAAAUAAGCAGAAUAAACCCAUACUGGCUCAAUAACCACAAGCUCAGAAACGGUAGAGUGCAUUUCUAUGCCUUAUCAGGUUUAUUUUUGUUGUCCAGUCACUGUUCUUCUUGUAUACAGUAAACAGGUCAUUGUUGUAACAAAGCACUGCGGCAUAUUGUAGGUCUGCUCCACCCAAUCAAAAUGCUCCAAAAGAAAGGCAACUUUAUAUAAUAUGAACAAUAGAGAUCACUAUUAACUGCUAGACUUACAAUAACAAACGGUAACUGUUCCCCCUGCUCGUGUAAGAAAAAUGAGAAAUAGUCCAAAAUAUUUUGUAAAUUUUAUUUAUGGAAUUAAGAAUUGUCUUGAAAAAGAGAAAAAAAGGACUUUUGUACGUCUAUGACUUCCCCUUACACUGUACCCAUGCCACUGUUCAGUCACAAAUAAAAUAUCAUGUGA